AUGAUCGGGACCCGCCCCGGCAGCACCCCACGCCCCGCUCCCCGGCCCCCAGCUCCCCGUAUGCAAAUUCCAGCUUUGCAUGGGCCCGGGGCCAGGCGCGUGGGCCGUGCCAGGGGGCGUGGCCGGCGGCCCCCGCCCCGCGUCGCGCCGCGUGCUCACCUGGGGAGUGUGGCAAUCCUGGCCGCGCCGUGUGCCGCCCGGGCCGGAGCAGCGGAGCGCGCGACGGCGGUGGCUACGGCUCCGGCAGCGGCUCCCGAGGCGGCGGCGGCCUGGGACGGGAGCAAGGAGACCCUGGCGUCCCAGGGGGCCCGGCUGGGGCAGACGCGUGGGGCCUGGGGGGGCGCUGGCUUUGGCCCCGCCUGGGGCAGGAUGGUGAAUCUGGAACCCAUGCACACAGAUAUCAAGAUGAGUGGGGAUGUGGCGGAGCCCGCGGAUGCUCGCAGUGCCCUGGGCCAGGUGGAGACAGGGCUGCCAGGACUGACACUCCCCCUGCCCCACUUACAGAUUAAAACCGAGGACCUCAGUGACUCCCUGCAGCAGACCCUCGCCCAUCGGCCAUGCCACCUGCCACCAGGGCCUACCAUGAUGUCCGGAAACCAGAUGUCUGGGGUAAGUGCCAGCCCCAUGCAGGACGUGACUUCCCUGCAUCCACUGCAGCAGCUGGUCCUGGUUCCCAGCCACUUACAAUCGGUGCCCCAGUUCCUGCUCUCUCAGAGCCAGCCCGGGCAGCAAGGUCUGCAGCCAAAUCUUCUCCCCUUUCCACAGCAACAAAACAGCCUCCUCCUCCCACAGACUGGGCCAGGCCUCGCGUCCCAGGCUGUUGGGCGCCCGGGGCUGCCAGGGUCGUCUUUAGAGUCCCACCUGGAAGCACCCCAGCAUCUCCCAGUGCCCAAGCAUCUGCCCAGCUCUGGAGGGGCCGACGAGCCCAGUGACCUCGAGGAGCUGGAGAAGUUUGCCAAGACCUUCAAGCAGAGGCGCAUCAAGCUGGGAUUCACACAGGGAGACGUGGGGCUGGCGAUGGGCAAGCUCUAUGGCAAUGACUUCAGCCAGACGACCAUUUCCCGGUUCGAGGCCCUCAAUCUGAGCUUCAAGAACAUGUGCAAACUCAAGCCCCUGCUGGAGAAGUGGCUGAACGACGCAGAGUCCAGUCCUUCAGACUCCUCCGGGAGCACGCCCAGCUCCUACCCCACCCUCUGUGAAGUAUUUGGGAGGAAGAGGAAGAAACGGACCAGCAUUGAAACCAACAUCCGCCUGACACUGGAGAAGAGAUUCCAUGACAACCCCAAGCCCAGCUCAGAGGAGAUCUCUAUGAUCGCAGAGCAGCUGUCCAUGGAGAAGGAGGUGGUGAGGGUCUGGUUCUGUAACCGGCGCCAAAAAGAGAAGCGCAUCAACUGUCCUGUGCCCACACCCAUCAAAUCACCCAUCUACAACUCCCGGAUGGUCUCUCCCUCGGGGUCACUGGGCCCGCUUUCUGUCCCUCCUAUCCACAACACCAUGCCUGGAACAGUCACGUCAUCCUGUUCCCCUGGGAACAACAGCCUGCCCUCGUCUCCCGGCUCCGCACUCCACGCCAGCAGCCCCACUGCAUCUCAAAACAACGCCAAGGCCCCAGUCAACUCCCCCUCCAGCUUUAACUCUUCAGGAUCUUGGUAUCGAUGGAAUCAUCCCACCUACCUCCACUGAGACCAGAGAGGUUCUCCUAUCCCGCUAGACCGCUAC